AUGGCUAUUACUGAGGUUUGGGAUGGUGUGGCUGAAGUACACAUGGCCCUGAACAAUCAGGCCACCGGACUCCUGAACCUCAAGAAGGACAUUCGGGGUGUGCUAGAUCAGAUGGAGGACAUUCAGCUAGAGAUUCUGGGGGAGAGGGCCCAGUGCCGCUCUCAGGCCAGGAAGGAGCAGCAAAAAGCAUGCACAGCGAAAAAGAAACCGAAGCUGGGAUGUUCCGAGGGUGUCAAGGGCCAGAUCUGGCUGCUGGCCCUGAGGCUGCUGCUGGGCGCCCUGCUGGCCUGCACUGCUGCUUACGUGUACGUGGUGGACCCCACACCCUUCGAGGGGCUGGUACCGCCCUUGCUGAGCAGAGCUGCUGUCUGGAAACUCCGGGCCCUGCUGGGCCCCUUCCUGCACCUCGAAGUGGAUGACUUCCUGCCGUUCUAG